CCAACGGAUCUGGUCGUCGUUAUGUUUUUCAGUGUCGGGUGGAGUCUACAUCCCGUCGCAUCUGCGGGGAACGACGAGGAUUUUUUUUUUAUUAGUUUUUCACUGACUUUGUUACUACCAAGACAUCGAAAUACUCUUGAAAGAUGACGACGACAACCACCUUUCAAGGGAUGGACCCUGGUGCUAAAAGCAGUUCCAGGGUACUACGACCGCCAGGCGGGGACUCCAGCUUCUCCUUCGGCACAGAUGACAACACGACCCCCCAGCGCAAGAACAAGAUGGCCUCUAGCAUCUUUGCUGAACCCGAGGACCCCCAUGCUCAUCGGAGGAACAAUCCACCCAGCGGGGCACCCACAGGGACCCUGUGCGGGGAGCCCUCGGCCCCACUGAGGCGGUGCCAGCAGCCUCUCCUCUUCCCCAAGAACCCUCAACCGGAACUGACCACCAUCCACAACUCUGGGGCAGCCAUGGUCUGGAACCAGAGACGAGAGGUUGAGAAUGGCCAAGAACAGGCAAAUGAUGAGUGUCCUGACCAUGUGGAUGUGGAGGUGGAGCAAGAGGAGCAAGAACAGCAGGAGACGCCACAGCCCUCUGCCCCAUCGGGAGAUGCCAACGCCGCUGCGGGUGGCCGAAGAAACCCACCUGGUGGCAAGUCCAGCCUCAUCCUGGGUUGAGACCCCUUUUUUUUUUUUUUAUUUUUGUUUUUUUGUUUUUUUGUUUUUGUUUUUUUUCAUUCGAACAUUUUUGGUUUUUUUUGUUUUAGUUUUUUUUUAAGAGAAAAAAACCCCCACCACUCUUCCUCCUCAUCAACAUGUCACUUUCUUCCCUAAUUCACAUGCACUCAUGCUGUCACGUCCAUGGACCCCCGAGUCCUCGCCCUCCACCCUCAAACCUUUUGUUUUGAUCCUUUUUUCUAUUAAAAAGAAGAAAACUGUUGACAAAAGCACUUUAUGUAUCUCCCACCCCCCUUCCAUUUCAGCCCAUCCUGUAGUGCAUCGCGCCUGCUGGGAAAGGCAUGAAGUUUAGCUUGUCUCUCAUUCUUCCCUGUUGUAAAUGGUAAAGGAAAAAAUAAUAAAAAAGAUUUGAUGCGUGGAUUUCUAAAUACAAUAAAGAUUGAUAUGAAUUU